AUUGUGGCCCUGCAAGAGCUAACGAACGCCAUCACACACACACACACACACACACACACACAGCGGCUACGACAAGGAGAGCAGCGGUUUUGAUGGCCGCAACACAGCAGCAGCCCUUUAUCGCACUUGUGUCAUUCCAAAUGGAAUAUCGUGCUACGGAUGAUUAAGUGCACUCGAAACGGGGCCUCUGUUUUGGUGGUGAACAAAGCAAUGUGGAGAAAAUAAACAUCCUGAAACGGAGAAAGACAAGAGGGUCGGCGGGCGUGCUGGAGCCUCUCCCAGCUAUCUUUGGGCGAGAGGCGGGGUACACCCUGAACCGGUCGCCAGCCAAUCGCAGGAUUAUAGAUAAUGGGCUGUGUGCAAUGCAAGGAUAAAGAAGCUACCAAACUCACAGACGACAGAGACGCCAGCAUCUCCCAGGGCGCAGGCUACCGUUAUGGGGCCGACCCCACACCGCAGCACUACCCCAGCUUCGGGGUCACGGCUAUCCCCAACUACAACAACUUCCACACGCCUGUCGGACAGGGGAUGACAGUUUUUGGUGGAGUCAGCACUUCCUCUAACACCGGAACCCUCAGGACACGUGGUGGGACAGGAGUCACCCUCUUUGUGGCACUUUAUGACUACGAAGCAAGGACAGAAGAUGACCUCAGUUUCAGAAAAGGCGAACGGUUCCAGAUUAUCAACAGCACCGAAGGGGACUGGUGGGACGCUCGCUCGCUCACCACCGGUGGCAGUGGCUACAUUCCCAGUAACUACGUGGCUCCGGUGGACUCCGUCCAGGCUGAGGAUUGGUACUUUGGGAAACUGGGCCGAAAGGAGGCCGAGAGACAGUUGCUCUCCACUGGGAACCCACGGGGCACUUUCCUCAUCCGGGAGAGUGAAACCACAAAGGGUGCCUUUUCCUUGUCCAUACGGGACUGGGAUGACGCGAAAGGCGACCAUGUCAAGCAUUAUAAGAUCCGCAAACUGGACAGCGGCGGCUACUACAUCACCACCAGGGCUCAGUUUGACUCCCUACAGCAGCUGGUUCAGCAUUAUUCCGACCGAGCCGCCGGUCUCUGCUGUCGCUUGGUGGCGCCCUGCCAUAAAGGGAUGCCCCGCCUCGCUGACCUGUCGGUCAAAACCAAAGAUGUGUGGGAGAUCCCCCGGGAGUCGCUGCAGCUGAUAAAGCGUCUUGGGAAUGGGCAGUUUGGGGAAGUCUGGAUGGAGAGUGCGGAUGCAUUGUGCUUUAAAUUAACGGGCGUGUGUGUGAACUACAUCCCUGACACUGUGGGCUUGAGUCACGAUGCCUGGGAGAUCAGCAGAGACGCGCUUGAAUUGGAGUUAAAGCUGGGCACAGGAUGUUUUGCCGAGGUUUUCUACGGAACGUGGAACGGCACCACCAAAGUCGCAGUGAAGACUCUGAAGCCUGGAACCAUGUCCCCUGAGUCCUUCCUGGAGGAGGCUCAGAUCAUGAAGAAACUCCGACACGACAAGUUGGUGCAGCUGUACGCUGUCGUGUCUGAGGAGCCUAUUUACAUCGUCACGGAGUACAUGGGCAAAGGAAGUCUGCUGGACUUCUUGAAGGAUGGAGAAGGGCGAGGGUUGAAGCUGCCCAACCUUGUGGACAUGGCGGCGCAGGUGGCAGCAGGUAUGGCUUACAUCGAGAGGAUGAAUUACAUCCACAGAGACCUGCGCUCCGCCAACAUCCUGGUGGGAGAUAACCUGGUGUGUAAGAUCGCCGACUUUGGGCUCGCCAGACUCAUCGAAGACAACGAAUACACAGCUCGGCAAGGUGCAAAGUUCCCCAUCAAGUGGACUGCCCCGGAGGCUGCACUGUACGGGAAGUUUACCAUCAAGUCAGACGUCUGGUCAUUUGGCAUCUUGCUGACAGAGCUGGUAACCAAGGGUCGAGUGCCUUACCCAGGCAUGAACAACCGCGAGGUGCUGGAACAGGUGGAUCGAGGCUACAGGAUGCCGUGCCCCCAGGACUGCCCCGUCUCCCUGCAUGAGCUGAUGUUGCAGUGCUGGAAGAAAGACGCGGAGGAGCGGCCCACCUUCGAGUACCUGCAGGCCUUCUUGGAGGACUACUUCACAGCCACCGAGCCUCAGUACCAGCCUGGAGACAACCUCUAAACGUUCUUCCUCUCUGGCUCUAGGCUGGAGCUGGAUGAAAAAAAAAAAAAAGACAAACUGGAAACUUCCUGGA